AAAUAAAGAAAGAAUCGUUUCUUUCUACAAUUAUUAGCUUUAUAAUAUUUCUUCACUGCCCAUAGUUAUUAUCCUCGCAUUACGCUUCUGCAAUUGCAAUGGCUUCUAAGGCCAUCAUCCAAUACAGCUCUUCUUCUUCUUCAUCUCAUGCGAUCAUCACUACAUAUGAUGUGUUUGUCAGCUUCCGCGGUGAAGACACGCGCAACAACUUCACUGCUUUUCUCUUUGAUGCUCUCUUUGAAAAUGGCAUCCAUGCCUUCAAAGAUGAUACACAUCUUCAGAAAGGCGAAUCCAUAGCACCCGAGCUGCUACUGGCCAUUCAAGAGUCUCGCCUUUUCCUUGUGGUCUUCUCUAAGAACUAUGCUUCCUCAACUUGGUGCUUGCGUGAACUUGCACACAUCUGCAACUGCACUAUUGAAGCAUCCCCGAGUCGUGUUCUUCCAAUUUUCUAUGAUGUUGAUCCAUCAGAGCUGCGGAAACAGAGUGGUUAUUAUGGGAUUGCCUUUGCAGAACACGAAGAAAGAUUCAGAGAAGAUAAAGUGAAGAUGGAGGAACUGCAGAGAUGUAGAGAAGCUCUGACACAAAUGGCCAACCUCUCUGGCUGGGAUAUCCGAAAUAAGUCACAACCUGCAAUGAUUAAAGAAAUUGUUCAAAAAAUAAAUUAUAUAUUGGGUCCCAAAUUUCAAAAUCUUCCAAGUGGUAAUCUGGUUGGGAUGGAAUCCCGUGUUGAAGAAUUAGAAAAGUGUUUAGCAUUGGAGUCGGUCACUGACGUUCGAGUUGUCGGAAUUAGUGGAAUGGGGGGAAUAGGAAAAACGACUCUUGCCCUUGCUUUAUACGAAAAGAUUGCUUAUCAAUAUGAUGUUCAUUGUUUUGUUGAUGAUGUAAACAAAAUUUAUCGACAUUCUGGUUCAUUAGGUGUACAAAAACAAUUACUUGAUCAGUGUCUAAAUGAUAAAAAUCUAGAGAUUUGUAAUGUUUCUAGGGGAACAUAUUUGAUAGGGACUAGGCUACGCAAUAAACGAGGACUUAUAGUUCUUGAUAAUGUUAGUCAGGUUGAACAACUACACAUGUUUACGGGGAGUAGAGAGACUCUAUUACGUGAGUGCCUAGGUGGAGGGAGCAGGAUCAUCAUAACUUCUAGGGAUGAACACAUAUUAAGGACACAUGGAGUAAAUCAUGUUUACAGAGUCAGGCCAUUGAAUCAAGACAAUGCUGUUCAGUUAUUUUGCAAUAAUGCUUUCAAAUGUGACUAUAUUAUGAGUGAUUAUAAAAUGUUGACACAUGAUGCACUAUGGCAUGCUCAAGGCCAUCCCUUGGCAAUUAAAGUAAUAGGCAAAUCCUUGUUUGGUGUAGAUGUUUCACAGUGGGAAGGUACAUUGGUUAGGCUAAGUGAAAAUAAAAGUAAGAAUAUUAUGGACGUGUUACGAAUAAGUUAUGAUGCUCUGGAAGAAAAAGACAAGGAAAUAUUUUUAGAUAUUGCUUGCUUUUCCGGUCAGCAUUAUUUUGAGGAUAAUGUGAAGGAAAUCCUAAAUUUUCGUGGAUUUAAUCCUGAAUUUGGCCUCCAAAUUCUUGUUGAUAAAUCACUCAUAACCAUUAGUUACGGGAAGAUUUAUAUGCAUGACUUGUUGAGAGAUUUAGGCAAGUGUAUUGUUAGAGAAAAAUCACCUAAAGAGCCAAGAAAGUGGAGUAGACUAUGGGAUUGUGAAGAUCUCUACAAAUUUAUGUCGAGCAAUAAGGAAGCAAAAAAUCUGGAAGCCAUAGUUGUUGAAGAUGAACCAGGGAUGUUUUCUGAAACAACAAUGAGAUUUGAUGCUCUAUCAAAAAUCAAAAACCUUAAGUUGCUUAUACUUCCCAGGUAUUAUGAGAAGGGGCUUUCCACAAUUGAGGAGGAGAAAUUUUCAGGAAGCCUUAAUUAUCUUUCCAAUGAAUUAGGAUAUCUUAUUUGGCAUUUUUAUCCCUUUAACUUUCUACCUAAGUGUUUUCAGCCACACAAUCUUGUUGAGUUGAAUCUUUCUGGGAGUAACAUCCAACAUUUAUGGGACAGCACACAGCCUAUACCCAAUUUGAGACGUUUGAAUGUCUCUGAUUGUGAUAAUCUAAUUGAGGUGCAAGAUUUUGGUGAGGCCCUAAAUCUCGAGAGACUAGAUCUCAGUGGAUGUGGACGACUCAGUCGGUUCCAUCCAUCCAUUGGUUUUCCUAGAAAUCUUACCUAUUUGAAUUUAAGUGACUGCAAAAGUCUUGUCGAGUUACCACAUUUUGAACAGGCCCUAAAUCUUGAAAAGUUAAAUCUGGGAGGAUGUGAACUACUAAAACAGCUACCCCAUCCAUUGGUCGUCUAAGAAAGAUUACAUUUUUAUUGGAUUUGCAAGAGUGUAAAAGUCUCACUGACUUGCCACAUUUUGUAGAGCACCUAAAUUUUGAAGAGUUAAAUCUCUAUGGAUGUGUACAGCUAAGGCAGAUACAUCCAUCCAUUGGUCAUCUAAAAAAGCUUACUCAUUUAAAUUU